CCAACCGCCGACGAACUAGGUUAUGUCGUAAGACCUUGACUGUUGAAUAAGCAACAAGUUCAGUCUCUCAAUCGCAUCGCAGUCCUACGGUUCGUUGAUUUCGCUGUUUUCUCCAGAACCAGUCAGUACAGAUGCGAAAACAAGCUGCGAUAAACGCGGUCCCGUGUUGUGAUAUUGUUUCAAUAUAAUUUAUUGAUAGUAUCGUAAUAAGGAACGUUGCAGUUUUGCUCAUUAAGCGGUGAGCAGCCCGCGAAACAAGGCCAAAAGGCCAGUAGCCGGACGGUGCUUUGUGAGUGUAACCGUAAAAGUCGUUACGUACAAUGGAAAGUGUGGCGUGCUUCAAGAACCUCAGGUGGAGGAAGUGUCUUCUCGAGCACAGCUCGCCUUCGGACUUCUACGUGAGCUGCUGGCAGAACAACCACCUGUCAUGGCCUCUAUUACUUCUGCGACUUUUCCUCUUCCUGUUUUCGGCGUGCGUGUGCGUCGCCUCGUUAAUUUUGGAGCCUCACCUGGCCUACUGGCUGAUUUACUUCACGCACUGGGGCUUCAUCCUCAUAGUGGGAACCAUUGGAUUUUCCACUGCCAUCUCCGCCUAUGCAUACUUUCGAAGACCGAUUGAUGCAACAUUCGGGCUGCCAUGGUACGUGAAGGUCUACUGGGUGCUAUACAACAUUACUAUUCCAGUGGCUUUCCUCAUCACCGUUUUCUACUGGGGAAUCCUAAAAACUUCCAACAAGAUCCAGAACUACGCGCCGAACCCGGUUCUGGACAUAAUGCUGCACGGCAUCAACUCUUUAGUGAUGUUCGUGGAGCUGGUGUUCUCGGGGCACCCCAGCCGGCUGCUGCACAUCAUGCAGCCCCUGUUCUUCGCGCUGGCUUAUCUCCUCUUCACCGUGGUCUACUUCUACGCAGGUGGCAAUGACCCCUGGGGCAACGCCUUCAUCUACCCCGUGAUCGACUGGUCGAAGCCGGAGCAGACGCUGGUGGUGGUGACGCUGACGGCGCUGUUCCUGGCGCUGAUGCACCUACUAGUGGUGGCCGUGGCCGCCGCCAGGGACGCCAUCUCGCGGCGCCUGCGCACCACCGCCGGCAUCUACAACGACGGCUUCGGCGAGGAGUCGUAAAGUGCUACUGUUCAAACUUACUUGGAAUUGCAGCAAAGACCAUGUUUUAGACAGAUAAGCGUACUUGAAGUUGCAACUCUUCCUAGCUACUACGUCUAGUUUUGAAGAUCUAACUCGUAAAAUCUACCCCAUGAUCGACUGUUCGUGACGCCAUUGCGCACCACCGCCGGCAUCUCCAACAACGGCUUUGGCGAGGAGUCGUAAAGUGAACAGCUGCUCAAACUUAUUUGAUAUUGCAGCAAAGACAAUUUUCUUUUUGUCGUGUCGACAACAAACCUAUACAGUGUCAGCUGAAAACUCCGCAACUUGUUCAAAAAAGGCGUUGUCAGUAGCAUUCAUUAAAUCUUCCUGCGCGUGCAGUUAUUUGGGCAGACUUUAUUUUGAACAGUAAUUAUUAAGCUUGGCGUAGUACGAGUAUCAUCCCGUCCUAAUACGUCUAGUUUUGGACGUUUGAUUUUGUGAUUUUUUUUAUCCAUUUACCACAAAAUCCUAGAAAUAUAGACCAAUUGCUUUUCGGACCUCUCUCUAGCAUGUGAUAAAUGACGUGACCCCAUGAUGACGUAUUUAUCUUCGACCAUGGCAGAACUACGUAAACAACUGUCUUACCAUUACAUAACGUUCUCCGAUCAAUGACACCAUAGUAUGAUCACAUUAGGUUAGAUAAUUUUAAAUUAUUUAAUGUUGUAGUAUCGAUACUCUAUAAUCUACACUUUAAUACCAUGUUUAAUGUAGAGUUUUCAGAUUAAUCAAAAGACAUAUCAACAAAACUUGUUUUAGUUUAUAAGGGAACUGAAUGGGUUCUAUUAUUAUAAGUAGAAUUGUAUUGUGAAAUUAAAUUCUGUUUACAUAUACCUAAGUUACGUAAAUAGAUGUAAACUCACAAAAUGUAGUAUAGUAGGUAUAAACCAUUUUGAUUUAAAGCGGACUGUGAUGUAAGUUAUUAACCUUUUUUAUUAUGUUUGAGAAGAUGUAUGCUACAAUUGCUUGAUACGAGUAUAUUAUAUUACAAAUAGUUAUAACCUUUUUGCUCAAUAUUGUCUUUAUUUCUCCAGAUCGUUAAUUUUUCAUUAAUUUUCUAGGCCGUUUCCAAUUUUAUUGUUUACUCCCUGUAUUUUUUCCCAAUCUGUCCUCUAUUGUUAUGAAUUGGUUAGUUAGUUGUGCUGUGAGUGUUUUUAAUGAUUUUGAUGUUGAUUUUAUUGAAAAUAAUUCAAUUAAAUUCAACCUUGAACUAUCGAAAUGCCGAAAUAGUAAUAGUAUAGGUAGUACGAAUAUGUGUAUUGUUUAUUAUUAGUUGCUUUCUUAUAUUACAUCGUGUUUGCUCAAUAAAAUUAUAAUGGCCAAAUAAGGCUGAUCUCUUAACAAUCCAUGUAAAUUAUAAUACUGUUAAUUUAAUCGUUACUUUUCAACAUUUUUAAAAGCAAUUUAAG